AUUCCCUCUUCUAUUUGUUCUUUUUUGGGACGAUAACUCGGAGGCUCGUCCUCACCACCGCGAAUCACCAAUUCCAGCUACGUCUGGAUUGCUGCAAGGGGUGAUCAUUGAUCAAAUCUGAGGGCUGAUACCAACGCUGCCAUGAGUUUCAGGGAAGAAGAGGAUGGGCGAGAUCUUCGCAAGCCCUUUCUCCACACCGGAAGCUGGUACCGGAUGGGCUCCCGGCAAUCCAGCAUUAUGGGAUCCUCCGCGCAGAUCAUCCGCGACAACUCCGUCUCCGUCCUCCUAUGCGUCCUCAUCGUUGCUCUGGGUCCCAUUCAGUUCGGCUUCACCUGUGGGUAUUCUUCUCCUACGCAAUCUGAGAUCAUCAGUGAUCUUGGACUUUCCCUUUCAGAGUUCUCUAUUUUUGGUUCGUUGUCAAAUGUGGGGGCCAUGGUUGGGGCAAUAGCCAGUGGUCAGAUUGCGGAAUACAUCGGCAGGAAAGGGUCACUAAUGAUUGCUUCGAUUCCUAAUAUAAUAGGAUGGCUUGCAAUAUCAUUUGCCCAAGAUUCAUCAUUUCUUUAUAUGGGAAGGUUGUUGGAAGGGUUUGGCGUUGGUGUAAUCUCUUACACAGUGCCUGUAUAUAUAGCUGAGAUAUCACCUCAAAAUAUGAGGGGAGGCUUAGGAUCUGUUAACCAGCUCUCAGUUACUCUUGGAAUACUAUUGGCAUAUGUGUUGGGACUUUUUGUUAAUUGGAGGGUACUUGCAGUUUUAGGAAUUUUGCCAUGCACAAUAUUGAUACCUGGUCUAUUUUUCAUACCAGAAUCUCCUCGGUGGCUGGCCAAAAUGGGAAUGACAGAAGAUUUUGAAGCAUCUUUGCAAGUUCUACGGGGAUUUGAUACCGACAUUUCUGUUGAGGUGACUGAAAUCAAGAGAUCUGUGGCAUCAACAGGCAAGAGAACUACCAUCCAGUUUUCAGAUCUCAAACGGAAAAGAUAUUGGUUUCCUUUGAUGGUAGGGAUUGGAUUACUCAUGCUCCAGCAACUCAGUGGUAUCAAUGGUGUUCUAUUCUAUUCCAGUAAUAUCUUUGAAGCUGCUGGGAUUUCAUCGAGUGAUAUUGCAACAGUUGGACUUGGGGUUAUUCAGGUCAUUGCCACUGGGGUCACUACUUGGUUGGUGGACAAAGCUGGGCGCAGGCUUCUUCUCAUAGUAUCCUCCUCUGGAAUGACUCUUAGCCUCCUCCUUGUCUCAGUUGCAUUUUACCUGAAGGAUGGCAUUUCAGAAGACUCUCAAUUUUAUAGCAUAUUGGGAAUCCUUUCACUUGUUGGGCUUGUGGCUUUGGUAAUUACCUUCUCUCUAGGAGUUGGAGCCAUUCCUUGGGUUAUAAUGUCCGAGAUACUUCCAGUGAGUAUUAAAGGACUUGCAGGCAGCAUCGCAACAUUGGCAAAUUGGCUAACAUCAUGGGCAGUUACGAUGACUGCAAACCUACUCCUGAGUUGGAGCAAAGGAGGGACCUUCGCUAUUUACACAUUAAUGACUGCUUUUACCAUAGUGUUUGUGUCACUUUGGGUCCCUGAAACCAAAGGAAGAACCCUGGAAGAAAUUCAGCGGUCCUUCAGAUGAAUUUGCUUGCUCUGUGUUCCUGAAACCAAAGGAAGAAAUCUGGAAGAAACACAACACCCUUCAGAUGAAUUUGUUUUCUCAAGCAUGUGUAUGUCUUCCGUAUCAUACAUGCCUCCGUCACCAUGUAUAGGUUCAGUUUGCAUUUAGUGUUGUUGCAUGAAACCUUGUGUAUUUUUUAGGCUCUCUGCCAUAACAGUUGUGUUGGUUAAUUUUUUAUCAAGGAAAUAAAUAAAUAAAUAAAAAAGAAUUGCCCAAACUCA